AUGGAGUCCUUCGAUCUUUUGCGCAGAGUCGCAGCCACUGCAACCACCACCACCACAAGUUUACAGCAUGCAACUACAACAGAAGCAGCUGCAGCACCUAGUAACACUAUAGGAAUGUACGCCGAGGACUUGAAUGGAGUCAACCAAGGUGUCAAUGAUCUUUUACGGGAUGUUUUAUGGUGGUGCUUAGGAAUAAUGGCAUUGAUGAUCCUUGUCUUCAGGAUCAUGCACAGGGCGCAGUCACACAUACGACAUAUGACAGGGAUGAAUAGCAACUCGAAUCAACAAAGAUAUUUCCAGGAAAACAGAUCCAGUUGGUGGAAAGUCAAGAAGCAUUUGUUGUAUGCCCCGUUAUGGAGUAAACGUCACAACAGAGAGUUCAAGUUGUCGUCGGCUGUUAACAUGGGAACCCUUCCGUCAAGAUGGCAUGCACUACUCCUGAUCCUCUACCUGUCGAUGAACGUCGCCUAUACGUUGGUUCUUGAUUAUAGCAGAGAGAACAAGUAUUCUAUCGUAGCCGAGCUUCGAGGAAGAUCUGGUGUUCUCGCUGUGUGUAACAUGAUUGCACUCAUCAUCCUUGCCGGACGCAACAAUCCCCUCAUUGGGUGGCUUCAAAUCAGUUUCGAUACCUACAACUUAUUGCAUCGAUGGAUGGGAAGGAUAGUCGUAUUGGAGGCUCUUGUACAUACCUCCUGUUGGGCAUACGUCCAGUACGCGGAUACAGGUUUCUCCGGGGUCUGGGACAAGCUUUUGCACGACCCAUUCUCUUCCUAUGGCAUGAUGGGUACUAUUGCCUUUGUCCUUCUUCUCCUCACAUCUCCAUCGCCCAUUCGCCACGCGUUUUACGAAACCUUCCUCAAUCUUCAUAUCAUCUUCGCCGCCGUCGCCAUCGCCGGUGUUUGGAUUCAUUGUGACAUUCCAAGUCUUCCCCAAAAGCCUUACAUCCGGGCCGUCGCCUUUCUGUGGGUCGCUGAUCGUGUGUGUAGAAUGGCACGUCUCGUCUGGUGCAACUACAGUACAAAAGGCUGGACCACCGCAACCAUUGAAGCCAUGCCCGGAGAUGCCUGCCGUGUUACCAUGCACCUACCCAAGAAACUCGACGUUAAGCCCGGCUCUCACGCCUAUCUCCGUUUUGCCAAGCUAAAUUUCUGGGAGUCUCAUCCUUUCUCAAUCGCUUGGGUCGCUCAUCGCCCAAUGUUCACAUCGGAACUCCCACUUGAUGAGAAGAAACUCGUUCGAGAAGGACAAACGACCGAUAUCAGCUUCGUAAUCCAUGCACAAACUGGUUUGACUCGUCGUCUUUUCGAUGCAGCUCAAGUUGCCAGUCCACGUGCCCUGACACUGAAAGCUGCAUUCGAAGGGCCAUACGCUGGACAUCAUUCUCUCGAUUCCUACGGUCAUGCAGUCCUUUUCGCUGGCUCCUCCGGAAUCACCCACCAAAUCCCCUAUGUUCAACACCUUAUCCAAGGCUUCAACGACGGUACCAUCGCCACCAAGAAGGUCCUUCUCGUCUGGAUCAUCCGUGACGUCGAACAUCUUGAGUGGGUGCGACCGUGGAUGGACGAGAUCUUGCGCAUGCAAGGACGUCGCGACAUUCUUACCAUCAAGUUGUUUGUCACGAAACCUAAGAAUCCAAAGGAGAUUCAUUCUCCAAGUGCGACGGUGCAAAUGUUGCCUGGUAGACCGAACAUCAAUUUAUUGUUACAGGCUGAGGUCAGGGAACAAGUGGGCGCCAUGUGCGUUACCGUUUGUGGACCAGGAGCCUUACAAGACAGCGUACGAGAAGCAGUGAGAGAAGUCCAAGAACAUGGGGUUGUGGAUUUCAUCGAGGAGAGUUUUACUUGGUAA